GAUGCCGGAAAAAUUGCAGCUGGACCCGUUAGCCUGAAGGCUGCCUUAUAUAUGCCCAUAAUAAUGACUGACAGGCCUGAAUGUUUAGGGUCCACUCGAACCUACAUGUAGAACUACAAUAUAUUGCAGUAGAUCAGCAUCGCUAUGCCUAUUCCCUCUAGAGCACUUUGUAAGCACUCUAAAGGGAGUAGGGCAUUAUGAAACUCUUAUGUAUGCUUUCGGAACACCCUACAGAUCAACACAAGUCACUACCACUUAUUUUCAGUUUGAAUGUUAAUUUGUUAGCACGGAAAGUGAGAAUUCAUUGUCGAAACUAAGCAGCUGACCCCCGACCUCUUUGCACCCUGCGAAUUUCUACACUAAUGGUACGCCAAACAAAAUUGCAAAAAUAAUAUAUUUUAAUCUGAAUGCCCAAUGCUAUGUUGCUCAAAAUAUAACAUAAACUACUAGAAAAUUCUACAGUAAUCUAAAAGUAUAUAAAGGUCAAUAAAUAUCAAUUAAUAUUUCAGAAAAAUAAUUGCAAACAUUAAAGUUGACGUAAAUAAACGUAAACUUCUCUUACAAACACAAACUAUUGUCUGCUUUAGUUUCACCUGCUUUAUCUUCCAGAUCUUGCAUGCCAAGUAUAGCCUACCGUAACAAUUGAAGCCUUCAUUUCUUGCUUUUGAGUGACAAAACAUAGAGAUAAUACAUAAUAAUACACUAGACUCAAUACUGCUCACACUGGUUUUCUGUUUCGGAUUUUCUUAUCUCCAUUUUCACUUUAAGAGAAACGAAACAAUACCACUACUACAACACACAAAUCAGCUCUACAGUUGAAGAGUUCAACUCAUUUGAAACGUCUUGGAGGAUCUGUCUUUGUGCAGGAUCGUCAUAAACAUGGUGAAAACACUGAAUGAAUUGUAUGAGCUAAAGGAAACCGGCUUUGGUCAACCAGAUCCCAGACAUGGUCGCAGACUGCUUUGGUGGUUUGCUAAAACCUGUGUUCACAUUGACAGCAACAGCAGAAUGACUGCCCUGUGCAACCCGACAGAUUCUGGGUUUAAGCGGUUCAAUAACAGAAACGAAGGCAAUUCAGGCAGACUUCUGCCUUACAGCCAUAUUCCAUACUAUGAGGUGGGAAAUCUGAAACCCCCGAACUCUCUUCCUGGUUAUGUCAAAGUGAAUUACACCCACAGAUCAGAUGGCAGCAACAAAGAUCGCAUCAUUGUUUCAUAUGAUAAAAAUCGGAACACAUUUGACAAGAUUUAUGUGACUCAGCAUUCAGGACAUUCAAACUUCUUUGAUCCAAAUCACACCUUCUGCAUAAGCCAGCGUCUCAUUAAGAUUAUUAAAGGCUGUGGAAAUUUAGAAGAAUUUCUCCAAGAAGCUGUGGACAACCAGACGCCAGAGCUUUCAGUGCAGUCUGAUUCAUUUAGCGAUGAAGAGACAUCAGACAGUCAACCAUUUAUACGUCCAUCGCCAUCACCCCAACGUCCUAGUUAUAACAGACCCAGAGAAGAUCGCUGUUUGGAUUGUUGUUGUAUUUUAUAA